GCCAUGGACUGUUAGUUCAGUUAGGCUGCCUUGGAAAAGGCAGCCCACCCAACCCUGCCUGUUGCUGCCUUUGCUGUUCUCCAUGGAUAUUCAAUGAUGUGACCGGGAAAGAUCACCGACAAAUAGGAAGAAAAAGGCCAUCCCACGCCAAAAAAGCAAAAUCAUUUCUUCUUUUGAUUCCUGCCAUGCUUCCCAUCGCUUUGUGUCUUGUAUCUCAGUGAAAAAAAAUAUGUACCGACUUCACACCCAAAGAGUAGAAGCUGCUGCUGGACGUGUGUGGACUCACAGUCUCCGUAAGAUUAGGCGCUCUCUUAAAAGUGCUUACCAGAAAUGUAAGAGCCAGCACUCAUAUUCAACCAGCCACCCAACAACGGCUCCUUAUGACUGUGACCAAGAUGCUCUCAGUUUGAAUGAAGAAAUGAAUCUAACAGCAAUGCUCCAAGACAUUAAAAAAGGACAAAUGGAACUCCUCAGCCAAAUGACCGACAUUGUCAGUGCAAUAUCAAGUAUCCAGGAAAAGAUUGACCAUUAUCAGAAGCAGAUGGAAGCCCUAGAAACCAGAAUAAGCAUCAGCGAAGACAGACAAAUAGCAGCCACCAAAGACAUCGUCUCCAUGAGAGAAGACAUCGACUCUCUGAAGAAGAAGGUGAUGGAGCUGGAAAGCCAGAAUUCUUACUCCAGCAUCCGCUGCCUAGAGGUUCUGGAGGGACAAAAGGGUAAAGAAAUUGUGCAGCUGUUCCAUACGCUCCUACAACCAGAAACCUCAAAGGACCUAGACACCGAAAUCUCUUCCACAGAAUCAGGGAGGGUGUCCAGUUAUCCAGAGCCCACCAGCCAGAUUAGGGAAAAAACAAUGUCUCCUCAAAUUGAAACUCCGAAGAAAAAUAACAGCCUCCAGACUGCAGCCAUGAGUUGUAAAAAGGUAAGGUCAAAUAUUUAUAUUUACCCUGACUUCAGUACAUGGAUCAAGCUCACUUUUGUUCAUGGAGGAAAAUGGAGGUUCUUCCUCAGUGCCACCAAGUUAGAGGAAUUCGUGCAGUGGCUUCUGUCUAGGCCAACCAUCCUUCCUGAGGAACCACAAAUCAUAUCCCAGAGAGACUGUGCCUUCAGUGGAGCCAUUGAGAACUUGGCCACAAUCUGUCUCUCUCUCUUCAACUAUAUUUACUGCCUUUUUGGUUCCUCAAAACAGGAAAUAACUCGUCUUUAGAGUUGUUUUCUGCUUGGCUUGG